AUGGAGAGUGAACUUGCGAGAGCCCUUGUUGCGACUCCAAAACUACCAGCCUCGUCACUUAUCUACCAACCUGAUGCGCAGCUGUUUGACAUGUUCAAGAAAACCCUUGCUGCCAACAAAGACUUCCUCCACAUUUCGCAAGACAAAUAUGAUAUAGAUAACUCCUUCUUUCUUGAUCUCGUGGAGAAGCAGAAGUGGGAGUCCACGAAGCAUAUAGAGGUUUUGAUGACGUACCUUGGGGACAAGUACGCGGACCUACCAUCGAAGUUCAAGGCCGCUAUCAACAAGGGAAUGAUAAGGUGGGAUGAUUGUAUCACCAAAUUCGUCGUUACCCAAGGACAGACAUGGCUAGAGGAGGUGCACACGGUCUAUUGUCCAAUGAUUUGGGAUAACGAGCAUUGGGUGGGUUUGGCGAUACAUCUCGGGACGCGGUUGGUUGAGGUACUCGAUCCAUUGCCCUCUCUUGACAGGUACAUGGCUCCGGUUGUAGAGAUGCUUCCUCACAUAAUAAGCAGGUUUUGUCCAUCGGCAACACAGAAACGCAACAACAUGCCGUUCACGUAUAGGCGUGUGGCCAACACUUAUGAGAACCAUCAUUCCGGCGAAUGUGGACCUGUGGCGGUGAAGUUUCUGGAAAUGCAUGCCUACAAUGAUCCACCUCCUCAUUUGUCAGGGCUUACGGACGUCAUGGUUGAAGAUUCCCGGAAAAACUAUGCGAUGGAGUUGUACAGGGAAAUGGUUCUCCCCAUCUAUUUCCCUACUUCACCACCACUGUCACCCUUGGUCAAACCUUAG